AUGCAAGAGCAAGUGAAGGCGAGGGCGCUAGCAUGCGCCAUGAGCAGGGACGGGAGGCUCGUUGUUUGCACAGGGAAGGGAAGCAGCGUGCAGGUGUGGAAGAAGGAGGAGGAGGAGUGGAAGCGGGUGGAGGAGGGAGUGAAGAACAUGGAGAAGGGGCACCAGGAAAGGGUGACGAGCAUCGCAUUCAUAGAGGACGAGGCCGUCCCUUCGAACCCACCCAUGGUCGCCACAGCGUCGGCGGACAGGACCGUCAAGCUGUGGAGGCUUGUCAGCAUGGCAGCGGCUCCGUCAGGAGGCAAGGGAGCUCCUGCGGUGCAUGGGCCGACUGUGCUGGGCUACGACAAGAGGGCGGCAGUGCGGCUAGUCCUGGAAAACACCUGGCAGGAGGACCCGCACAUGCGCGACAACCUCCUGCUCCUUGUUGGCGGGCUGAGGAGGAACAUUGCUCUCCUCCUGGACGUCGAGGAGGCGAAGUUUCACGUGAAGAUGGUGGAGGUAAACGACAAGGAUGUUGUCGUCGACGUUGCCUUCCUCCCCUCCCCCCUGACCAGCCACGAGGACGGGCUCGACGUCCCUAAGGUCAGCGCAGAGAUGCAGGUUGCGGAGCUGCUUGAGAUGGCAAGGGACAAGAGGAGCAAACUGUCUCGUUGCAUGUUGUUGUGCUCGCACUUACAUGCCUCCAGGUACCAUGAUGUGAGGCUGGAGCUCAAAAGCGCGAGGGUUGUGUUCGUCGACGACGGUACAAGUCAUUUCCAGGCUAUCGACUCGCUGCGUACAACUGGGAAGGAGGGGAGAGAGGAGGAGGAGGAGGAGGAGGAGAGAGGAGAUGAUGGAGAAGGGGAGGGGGAGGGGAAGGAGAAAGAAGACUCCAAGGCCGGGCAUGUCUCGUACUGGUUGCUCCAUCAGACUCUUGUAGACGACAAGAACGUCUUCUGCGAGAGAAAUUCUCUCUCCCACUCGGAGGCGAUUUCCUGCCUCGACCUCCGCAGCACCAGGCGAUCCCUUCCGCUCCUGGCGUCCGGCGGGCACGACAGGAGGGUGAAGCUGUGGAGUCCGUCCUCGAGGGAGGAGGGGGGGAUAGACCAACGGUGGAGGUUGCUGGAAGUUCUUGAUGCGCAUGAGGGGCAUGUGUGCGCCUUGAAGUUCAGCGAGGUGAAUGGGAGGCUACUCGUCUCCUCCGACAUGCGGGGGAACGUGGUCUGUUGGGGAGAGAGCAUGCUAGAGGAGAGGGGGAGGCCGGAGGAGGGAGGAGGGAGAGGAGCGCGCUUCGUGCAGGUCUUCAAACUGAGGGAGGAGCUUGCGGUCAGACAUUUGAGCCUAGCAAGCCAGCCGCUGAGCGAUCAGCUCAGGACGGCCAUGCGCGCGCUCCUUCCGGCGCACUGGACGCAUGCUGCACGGCUGCAGGUAGAGGAGGAGCAGAUGAAGGAGGAGGACGUGGAAGCGAUGGAGCUAUCGCUAGCGCAUCUCUCCUCCUCCUUCCACCGCGGGCUGGCGCUGUACGAGCACCUGAAAAAGUACGCGCGGAAAGUGGGAGCAAGGGACUUCAGCAGGUUCGGGAGGGGAGCUCUGCUGCAGGAGAGGAUAGAGAGCUGGAAGAUACAGCGAUCGUACGCGCAGGCGGUGAAUGAGGAAGGGAUCAAGAGCCUGAGCAAGCUCGUGGGUCAUCCUGUGGAAAAUAUCUUGCGGCACGUCAUGGCCCAUGACAAGCAGGCCGUGGAGGAGGAGAUCCGUCGGCUGUCGCGCGAGUUUGAGAGGAGGAAGAGCUCAGUUUCUGCCAUCGUCACGCGGUUGGAACAGAGCACUGGGCUGAGGAAGGAGCUGAAGCAAGGUUUAGUCUCCUUCCUCCUGGAGUUCUUCGUAGAGACCGUCAGCCAGCUCCUCCUCCCCCUCGAACCCGCCGGCCCAUCGGGCGACUGGGACGAGCACGGGAGGCUGCUGGAGGAGGAAGCCGUGCGGGCUCUGACCUCCUCCCUCCUCCCCGUGACAAAGUUGCGGGAGGAGGUUGGGGCGCAGGAGCUCCUGCUGCGAGCCUUCAGCAAGUCGAACAGCGCGCUUCUUGAGGUCGUGUCGAGGAGGAUGGAGGGGCUGAGGAGCGACCUCGUCCUCCUCCGCAAGAAGCUCCAGUAUGCAGAGAUAGUUGCCAGCACUGGGCUCGUAGUCGUAGCGACGUCAUGCGAGGACAUGCCGGUCACGGCCGGUCAGCCCGUCCACCUGGGGGAGGAGGAGGACGAGGAGGGGAGAAAGGGGAAGAAGCAGCUCGGGGUUGUCGAGCAGGUGCUGCAGCGAGGAGCAGGAGUGUUUCAGUCUACAUUCGCCUACAGAGUUAAGUUGAAAGGCCGCGAGACGACAGUCGAUGUCACUGUUUCCAAGAUGCCAGCACAGUUCGGCGUCAAGCUCUGGCGCCUCCUCCCUCCCCUCCACUGUCUCAUCACGAGUCAGAGCGCUGCAGAGCACAAGGUUGUCUCCCACGACAUCCCCCUCAAGAACUUUCUCUCGCCCCCACCAGGAGCCCAGCUGCUGCUCCGAGGAGAAGGCUACACCGACGGCUACGUUCUCGUGGAGCAGCUGGAGCAGGACAGCGAGUCCCUCCUCUCCUCGCCCUCCGGCAUCCUGGGCAACGUGGCGCUGGCAGACCUUCAGCUUCUAGAGCAUGACUUCUUGCAAGUGCUCGAGCUCGUCCCCCUUCACCUUGUGGAGACAGCGGAGGAGGUGAAGGGCCUCUGCUUCGUUGGCCCCUCCUCCUCUCCUCUCCUCGUCGUCACCGUCUCCAACCGCCUGCUCUUCUUCUCUCCAACCGUGAGGGGACCCGGCGGGAAGAGGCUGCAGCACGUACGCACCAGGACUCAGGCCCAGCUGCGAGGGAGAGCAGAGGAGGGAGAGUUUCCCACGUGGGAGGCUGUUGAGGAGAGGGUUCACGAUGCAGACAUAGUAUUCGUGCGCGAUGUCUCCACAGACAGCUCCCCGAGCAUCGUCCUCUCCUGCUGUCAGAGAGGGCUCGUCUCCUUCACAGACUGCCGGCCGCUCGUCUCGGACGGAGCAGCAGACAGGUUGUUCUCCAGCUACCUCAAGCAAAAGCAGCUGCUGAGGGUCUUGAGGACCAUUGACGCUGAGAUGGCGAGGAGGGAGGUCGACUUCUCGACGCUGCUCAUCGACACUCAGAGGCUGCAGGAAGAGAAGUUGUCCCACCUCCUUGCCCUGCAGCUCAGUCGAAAAGGGGGAGGGCAGGAGGGGAAGCGCGAGCGCGAGAAAGCGCUGCAAGAGCUAGAGAGGAUCUUCCGGACCCUGGACGAACGUCAGGACAUGGUGGAGGAGAUGAGUACGACUCUGAUGUCUCGCCUUCCCUCCCACAUGUUGAGCAAGCAGCUCUCAUCUUAUCACGUUGGCAAAGUCCUUGAGGUCACCCUGGAUUGGAUGCUGCAAGAGGGCCUGGGACAGGGGGGCAGGACUAUCGCCGAUCACCGGCACUUGAAGACGCUGCUCAGGACGCCGACCAUGUCGAGGAGGUCCUUGGACCCUUUGAAGCAGAAGAUUGACCUGGAAGUCAUCUUUCAUCACCUCAAGGAUACCCCCGACCGGCUCUCCCUCAAGAGGUUCGCUCAGUUCUGCAAGGGUCGCAGACUGGACAGGAGGUACCCCGGCGAGUUGGACGACCUGGCGCACACACUCUUCAUGGGGCAGGGCCGCGAUAACGACGAGAAUGUCGAAGCUGUGGAGCUCCUUGAGUUCCUGCUCUUCUUCAUCCCUGAGUUGGACGAAAGUUACCUCUUCAGCCACCUCAAGGCUGGCAGCGAGGACGAAACUUUCCGAGCGGAAGAUUGGCUAGUGGAGGAGGGAGAAGAGGAAGAGGAUGUCGAACUUUUGCCGCAGGCCGAUGACGACGAAGAGCAGGACGGUAUACAAGAAGCAGGCAGGGUUACAGAGGCUCUGGUCAGAGCGGUAGACACGAACGCCAUCCAAGUGCUGGAUCUGUCAAAGUUCAAACUCUCGUCGCCAGAGGGCAGGAUGGGCCGUGAUGAGCUGGCUGCCAUCCACGACCUCUUCAGCAGCAUUGCCGCCUGCACAUCGCUCAAGUAUCUGUCCGUGGACUAUCAGCAGGAGCUCUGCUCCUUCGACUUCUUCUGGCGUUCCCUCGCGCUCAACAGCUCCAUCCACGAGCUCUCCUUGCAGAACUUGCAGCUGGACAGGAGGCACGCCGGUGCCAUCGCAAGGUGUCUGGAUCACAACACCACCCUCAGGAAUCUCGACCUCAGUCACAACAACCUGACCCGAGGGCUCGGAACGAUCGCCAGCUCGCUCGCAGACAACCAGAGCCUGCUAUGUCUCGAUCUCAGUGAGAACAACCUUGAUGACGUGGACAUCUCCGACCUCCUGGACGGCCUGUCGUACAACCGACAGCUGAAGAGCCUGUGGAUGAACGGGAACAAGAUACUCCAGCACGGCUUCCAGCAGAUCACAAGAUGCCUCGAGAGCAGAAACUUCGUGGUGGAGAAGUUUUCCGCUUUCAAUCAGGCAAUCGACCGCGAAGGAAACCUGCAGAUCAACGUCUGUGGGAUGGACUGCUUCCUGUCAGUGAGGGAGGAGGAGCAAGAACUAGAUCAGCAGACCUGCGUCCACCGGGCCGCGUCGGACAGUCGAUGCCACGAGUUUGUCGACAGGCUGCUGCUGCUCGCAGCGGGGCAGGAGCAGGACGAGCUACAGCAGUUCAUUCUGGACAACUUCACGUCCGUUCUCGACAUCCCCAUCCUCCCCUCCGUCGCCCGUCGCAUCGUCCAAGGGCUGCGGUCCCACUUGGAGCUCAUCCGAGUGCGGGGGUACCGACAGAAGAUCGAUCUCCUGCUCGCUCCAGAGGGGAUAAGAGCGAGGAGGAGCAAGAUGGCUCGGGAAGCUGCAAGGCUCAAGGAGCUGGUGGAGGACCUCCGUAGGAGCUCCUCCCCUCCUGCUCCUCGGUCCCUCGGACGGGAUCUGCUCCGCCUGUCUCCUCUCGUCUCCCUCCAGGAACUGCCUGAGUCCGUCGCGGCAGAGAAGCUGCAAGCACUCGCGUGCGAUGUCGAGGACCCAGAGGACGCGGCGCUCUUGCUCCGCCUGUACUCGCCGCUCAGUGAAGAGCAGGGAAGUAAGGAAGCGCAAGAGCAAGGGCAAGGCGACAAGAGCACAGCCGAGUCUCUCCCCAAAGAGGACGCUGCUUCAGUCGUCGACGAAGCUGCACUCGAGGAAGGCGAUGACGUGGUUUUGAGUGUCCUGGGGAUCCCAAGAGGCUCUCAAGGGAAGUUGUUGGAGGUCAACGAGACACACAGAGCGCCCUCUGCCUCCUCCUCCUCCUCCUCUUUUUUUCACAAUGUCUCCUUGCAGCGCUCCUUCUCUGCUUCCUCCUUCAGAACUCUUGCCGAGCAGCCGUCAAGCUCUCCCGGCCCGCUGGCCGAGCUGGUAAGGAGCAAUCGGGAAGUUGAGGAUGUUGCCUCGCAGGAGACGUCAUGGGGAAGGAUAGUGCGAGCAGAGAAAAAUGUAGAGGUCCACGUGCACAAACUCGUGAGAUUGGGGAGAACAACGUGGACUCUUGAGGACCUGUCGUUUCUUCCUUGGGACCAGUUUAAGGGUUGCCAGGCUGCCGACGAAGAGGAGGAGGAGGAGGAGGAGGAGGACGUUCGUAGCAUCUCUGAGACUGUUCAGCAUGGAAGACGGCUGGCACUUGCUGCUCUUGACGGAUCGUCGGCUGGGUGUCUUGGGUGGCUGGACAUGAAAAUUUUCGAGCUUGUUGGCGCCACCGAAGGAGAGGAGAGGAGGCGACGCUUUGCACUGAUGACCCUGCUGAGCUCUGACUGCAAGCAAGGCGCGUACAGGACGUCAGUCAGCAAUGCUGGGCGGCAGGAGGAGGAGCAGAGGGGGGGAGGAGCGCGCACAUGGGAAUGGAAUGAGAGGUUCAGAUUCGCCCUCCCCGGCCGAUCUUGCCGUCUGAUGGUGGAAGUAUUUGAGGAGCCUUCCUCUGGGACUAGCAGGUUCGUCGGGCGAGCCGAAGUUGCUGUAGAAGUUCACAGCAAGUUCGUCGUCUUCGAUGGCCGAGCCGUCAAGCUCUCAGUGGAUCAAGUCUCCCGCGACCAGGCUCGCUGCUUCCUCCUCACCAGUCCCCCGGGCUCGGCCUCGACGCCACCGACCUCCUCCGUCAGAAUCCAGCUUUGCUGCCGUCUCCUCCGCUCACUUCCUGUAGCUGCCAACCUUCGUCAGUGGCUCUCCAACCGAUCCUUGCUGCAGUUUGAAACGGGAGGCAGGCAGCAGCCUCCUCGCAUACAGGGCGGCUCCGUUGGAGAGCGUGAGAGUUGUAGAGGAGAGGCUGCGUCGUAUGCUGGAGCGCUCUCAGCUCGCAACUCCACCAUAGACGAGGAAGAGGUCGAAGAGAGGGACGGGCUGACUCGCUUGCAAGCCGAGCAUGUCUCCUCGCUUCCUCUCCAGCGUCCCAGGUCAGGUGGAGCGGAUCGCGCCCCGACCUGGUCGCAACUUGUGGCUGAUGGGUUCUAUGUGAGCACCAAGGAUGGAAGGGUCUGCCUUGAGCCGAGCUCAGAGGAGGCAAGGAGGGUCACCCUCCGCCACAGGGUCUUGUCUGCAUUGCGAUCGGCAGCUAUGGUGCUGGAAGCCAGGAGGAGGAGAGCAAGACCCGUCUCAAGGUGGAACCGCGCGAGCAUGCUGCUGGAUCGCUGGAAUGAAGAGUUCUUCUGCCAUGACUGA